GCUCGUUUUUCACAUAUUCUGCUCCCACUGUGAACGCCUCCUGACGUUGAUUGACAGUCAAAGGAUGGGCGUGGUUUCGUGUUGCUCAACAUGGCGGCGCCCUGCUCGGAUCAACAGGUCUAAAGGUGUUCAUGAUGUCCAGUCAGCAGGUAAGUAUCAGUGAGCUCCUGCUCUCAUUGGACAGUUCAGAGCUGCAGGAGGCGGAGCAAGUUAGAGCAACAGUCAAUCAGCAGCUGAGUACCGACAGAGGAGGUGCUGUUGUCUCCUCUUUGGUGGAGUAUUACCUGGACUCGUCCUCCUCUCAGGUGGUGCUCCUGCUCUCCUCCAUCAGAGAGCCUCAUCACAAGCCCCUGCUGGAGAAACUGAAUGAGGCUCUGAACAGACCUGGAUCCAGGUUAGCUGGUCUGACCCUGCUGGGUGACCUGAUCAGGAAACAGCCUCCCUGGGUUCAUCACAUCAGCCGCUCGGCUCUGCUGCUCUCCCUACUACGCUGCCUCAAGACAGAGACCGACGUGGUGGUCUUGAUCACCGGAGUCCUGGUCCUCAUCACCCUAUUACCCAUGAUCCCUCAGGCUGGGAAACAACACAUCUAUGACUUUUUCGACGUGUUCGGACGCCUUGCCUCCUGGAGCUACAAGAACCCUGGUCAUGUACCUGUGGUCCACCUGGUCCACCUCCAUGCAGGUGUGUACUCUCUGUUCCACCGUCUGUAUGGGAUGUUCCCCUGUAACUUCAUCUCCUACCUGAGGCUGCACUACAGCAUGAAGGAGAACCUGGACACUUUCCAGGAAGUUGUCAAGCCGAUGUUGGAACAUGUCAGGGUUCACCCAGAGUUGGUCACGGGGACCCAGGACUAUGAACUGGAUCCAUCCAGGUGGAAGUGUUAUGAAGUCCAUGACAUUGUGAUCGAGUGCUCCAGAGUGUCUCUGGAUCCUCUGGAGUCUUCCUGUGAGGAGGACAUUUACUCCUCCCUCAGAGACCCUCCUCCCUCCCUCUCCCCCUCCCCCUCCCCCCUGAACCUCACCUCCAGUCCUUACAACACAGAGACUGUCAGCAGCUCAGGAAGUACAGUUUGUCCUCUGCUGCUGUCUGGACCUUCCACUCUUCCUCAGCUGACACUCAACAACUCCUACAUACAGGCUGAUGAUGUCACAUGGAGUCCCUCCUCACAGUGUGGUUUGUCGACACCCCCUCCUGAAACUGCUGCUACAGGCUCCGUCCACCCACUGAUCAGGGCUGCUUCCAUCUCAGGUGUAAAAUGUCCCUCAUCAGUCAUCAUCCCAGUGACACUUUUGACUAAAGAGAACCAAAAUGGUCCAAUUCCUGAGAAAAACCAGGUAAAGCUCGUCACAGAUCUACAGGGGUCAUCCAUUCAGCCAAUCACAGAGAAGGAGGGAAGAGGCCACAGCGAUGUCAUCAAUAACAUCUGUGAAGACACCAGAUCUCAGCAGCCUUCCUCCUCCUCCUCCUCCUCCUACUCCUCCUCUCAGCCCGUCCUCCUCACCUCCACCCCCGGUCGUGAUGAGACGUCGUCAGGUUCAGCCAUCCCCUCUUCUCCAGGCUCCAUCUCACUCUGCUUUACCCCCACUCACCCCGCCACCACCACCACACAUAGAUCAGAAGAGGGAGGCUCCACCCUGUUUGGCUUCUCUGGUCAGAGCCCCGCCCUUUCGUAUGAACCCCUGUUUGAGCUCACUCUUCCCCGAGCCGCCACGCUGUUUAUCGGGAGGAUGACACAGGAGGUGCUGGAGAGAGCAGCGGGGGGGCAAGAGGGAAAGAGAGGAGGAGCACAAGGACAGGGGGAGGACAGAGAAGAAGAGCAGACCUCCGUCUCUCCUUUAAAGGUUUUGGAUCAGCUGAUCGUCCACGGACAAGAUGCCCACGAACACCUCAGCAGGAGGUUGUCAGCAACAAAUAACUCGGUGGAUCGGAGUCAUGUUGGAGGUAAACAGCAGAGCAUGAAAACCAAAGGCCCUGCCCAGGGGGAGGAGCUUAAGUCUCUGAGAAGUCAGCUGUUACUGGUCCACAGUCAGCUGCAGUAUGAGCGAUUCAAACGGCAGCAGCACGCCAUCAGAAACCGCCGUCUGCUGCGACGAGUUAUUAACGCCACCUCAUUGGAGGAGCACAGCGUUGCCAUGAAGGGUCAGCUGAGCGUUCAGGAUGAAGAGAUUCGCUCGCUGAAGUCUAGUCUGCAGGAAGAACAGAGGCGAUACACACAACUGCAGCAGGACACACACACACACACCAACCAGCUGCACACACACAUCCAACAGCUGCUUCUGCAACAACAAGAUGAGCAGAGAGACAAGCAGAGGUUGAAGAGCGAGCUUCAGGAGUGCAAGAGCAGUUUGAGGGAUCUGGAGGUGGAGCUUCAGAAAGCCAAUAACAAGGCUUACAAUGCAGAACACCAGCUGACUCAGCUUUCACUCAAGCUGUGCAGCAGUGAGCAGCUGCAGCAGCAGUUCUUCCUGUUGAACCAGCAGCUCAUCCUGCUGAGAGAAACUAACAGAGCUCUGAGUUACCAGCUGGAUGGAGGAGAGACACACCACCGCACUGAGGCAUUCAUGCUGCAGUGCAGUGUGGGUAAAGAGCACCAGCGGCUAAAGGACAGUGACGUCCAGCAGAGACAGAAGCUGGAAGCAGCCAAUUACAGGAUAGCAGAGCUGGAGAACCAGCUGGCCACAAAAGAGCAGCUGAUUCUGGAUCAGAAGAAACUUCUGGAGGACACAAAGGCCCAGAGCAGAGCCGAGCUGUCGGCCUGUGAGAAUCGCUGUGUCGCUCUGAGGAGAGUCAUCCAGACGCUUCAGACAGAGACUCUUCACCUGUACAGCCAGAUCCACCUGGACACACAGAGCGGCACACACACACACAGCUGGCCUCAGGACAUCAGGCCAAACGGCGGCAACAUCACCCAACCAGCUCCUCAGGGCAGCCAAAAGCCCCACCCCUCCACUUCUUCUUGUGUUAGUAUACUAAACGGAGGUGUGGCAACCCUCUCCACUUCCCCACUGCACUUACCCUCUUGCUCCUCUUCCCCCCUUUCCCACUCCCCUAUUGAAUCUCCUCUGGCCGUUGGCUCCUUCCUGGAGCAGCAUGCACGGCAGCUGUUCAGACCGGCCAAUCGCAGCCAAGAGGAGGAUGAGCAACAGGAGGGGGAGGAAGAGGAAGAGGAGAAGGAGGAGGAAAAGGAGGAUGAGGAGGCCCAGCCAGAGAGCCCUCCUAUGGGUCUGGAGGCAGAAGAGGUUGCUGUCCUUGCAGGGAGUCCUCAGACAGAACCCCCGAGCAGGGCUUCAGCUCACAGCCUGCCUUCCCCUGGACCUCAAGCACCCCCUGCAGACCUGACUCUCGCUGUGCGACAGAGACGGCACGAACUGAGCAUCAUGGACUACGAUGCGACACUGCCAGAGGACUGACAGAGGGCUGGAGAGAUGGAUGGAAGGAGUGUGCGAUUAAGGGAGGUUGAGUCAGAUGGAGGUCGAGAUUAGAUCAGAUGUUCCAGGUGUUAGCAGGCUACUGCUAACAGCCCACAAUCAGUAUCUGAUCUUUCCCACAUCAGGACCUCCAGUUGCCCUUAAUAGGAAAAUAAUAAACUACACUUAAAUACGGCCGCACUUAUCUAAAAAAGUGAACAGAAUACGUUUGAAAAAAGACAAAAAAAACUCAGAAAAUGUUUAGCUCUAUUAACUUUCAAGAGGCUCGAGCUAACUGCUAACAUGCUAGACAUCAUGAUUAAUUUGAGAGAUCCAAUAGCAGAGCAGAGUAGGUUUGUAUCCAAUAAUUCAACGCAACUAAGAUUCCUUCCUCCAUUUUAAACAUAACAAACGUUCAAGAGGGAUAAUCAACAACUGUGGCAAGUUGUGCUAAAAGUAGCUUUACAAGCUAGCUAAGAGUUUAUUAAACUGUGUUAAUUAAUUCCUACUGCUAGUACCACAAAAAUAAACUAAGUGGACUUGGUAAUGAUUGUUUUUGCGGUUAAAAAUGAACUUUAUUUGCUGUUUAAUUUAUGGAUUUACAGAACACAUUCAAUUCAACAGAUCGUAAAGGUGAGAACUCUUCUUUCUAAAAAAAAUAAAUUACAUCAGCAAAAACUGAACCAAAAAAUGUCACUAAAAACUGAAAUUAAUUGAUAGUUCUUCGAGAUAUUACAUGAAUAAAACUUGGAUUUUCACACUAAAUGUUUUGUUUGAACAUGAUAUUUAAAGACACAAGAUAUGAGCUAUAUUACAGCUUUAACAUUAACAAAGCUAACAUUAGCUUGCUAGCUAACAAACAAGAAGCAUUGGGGAUCAUAGGAAAAUAAGAAUUUAACCCGUGCUGGGACUGAAGGUCCUGACGUUACACAAAGUUAGAAAGUUGGGUUUAUGUCUGGAGGGAUUUGUAGUUGCCAUUAGGAAA